GUAAGAUCGAAUAAAGUAUUUAAAUAAUCAAAAGAUCCGUAAAAAAUUAUAAAUUUAAAAAAGUUGGAUUUAAAAAUGUGUAAGCAUAAAGCAGCGGCGAGAAAAACCCAUUUUAGCUUAAGGAAAAUAUAACAAAGAAAAAACAAUUACUAUAGUGGUAAAAGAAAAAGAUUUACACAUUUACGCAAAAAGAUAUAAAAUUUAAUAAAACUAAGCAGAUUAGUGAAUGCAAGUGUGGGUGCGAAAAUGUUUUCUCUUAUCUUGAUCGUAUGUGGAAUUUGAAAAUUCAAUAAGGCCAAAGCAAAUCAUACGAAAAAAAAAAAAGAAAAGAAAAACGAAUAUCAGUGUAAAACGAAAUGUAGAAAACGUUACAAAGGAGGCUCCAUCUCCUUCGUUCGGUGCUGCGCCUGGUGAUUGAUUACAUUGCAAAAGAUGAUUCAAAUAAAUGAUGGGUGGAUUAGCUGAAUAAAAUUUAGACAAUUUCUGCAAAGCCGGAAAAAGAAUUUUACUAAGCUGAUGAUAGAUAAUCAUGUUGAUAAUGUGCGGAUUCCGUAAAAGUAAGAAUUGAAAGUGACAAUUUUAGUUACAACAUUGUUACUUAAAGUAUGCGGGCUACGGAAAAAGUGAAAAUAAAUAAAUAACAAGAAAGAAAUAAUAAGAAAAACAUCAUAGUUAGAAAUAAAAGAUAUACACACAUUUCAUAUUUUUAGUGUGUAUGUAGCCUUCCUAUAAGCAAUGCCAUGAUUGAGGAAAAGUGUUAAGAAGCAAUAAAUUAAUAGACAAUAUAUACGAAAACAGAAGACCUAAGGAAGAGUAAAUAACAAAUUAAUACGAAUUCAAAGUGGUCCAGUUUUUCAUGAAAAAAAAAGCUUUUAAAUCGAUUAAUCUCAUUUACUUGCUUUCCGUAAGAACAUUUAUCAAAUUGAUGCUUCACUAUGUGUUUCUCCUAAUGAAUAGUGUUUUAAAAAACCAUUUCUCCUCGCCAUAAAUUUAGAGUUUUCAAACUUUGUUAUUAUAGAACAUUAUUUAUUCUACAGAUGCGCUAUAUUGCGCUUAAUUUGUGCACUUUACUCUAUAAUAUCUCUUUAAUUAAAGAAAAGGACAAGGUACGGUGCGUUCGCUUCUUUGUGUAUGUGUCUUCAUCUAAAACAUCACAGUGUCAUUUAACUCGUCACUAAAAUCAUACACCUGCUCUAGCUGGUAUUCUGUAGCUGGUAGCUGGCGAUUGUACUGAAUUAACACACUUUUCUGUUCGUACAGUUGUGCUCUACCAUCGUCGGUCUCAAAGUUACCAUUAUGCCCAAAUGCGAUAUUAAAACACGUUACAUUCCUGCGACUUUCGCCUGGAUUUUACUGCUUGUAACAACAUUUCUUUUCUUCUUCUAUCCCUGUCAAUAUUACAUGAAAAGCCAUCUGUGGGUACCUGCCUACCAAGGUGUAAUAACAUUUUUUGUUUUAGCCAAUUUUACAUUAGCCACAUUUAUGGAUCCCGGUAUAAUACCAAAGGCUUCACCAGAUGAAGAUCGUGAGGAGGAAUUUAGAGCGCCUCUGUAUAAAAACGCAGAAAUAAAUGGCAUAACUGUGAAAAUGAAAUGGUGCGUGACAUGCAAAUUUUACCGGCCGCCCAGAUGUUCUCAUUGUUCCGUAUGCAAUCACUGCAUUGAGACAUUUGACCAUCAUUGUCCUUGGGUUAAUAAUUGCAUUGGUCGUCGUAAUUAUCGGUUUUUCUUUUUCUUCCUGGUUUCUCUUUCCAUACAUAUGUUAAGCAUAUUUUCUUUAUGCUUGUUUUACGUACUGAAAGUUAUGCCUAAUAUAAGGCAUACGGCACCAAUUGUAGCUAUGAUUCUUAUGGGUAUUGUGACGAUCUUGGCUAUACCGAUAUUUGGUUUAACGGGAUUUCAUAUGGUAUUAGUGUCACGUGGACGCACUACCAACGAACAGGUGACUGGUAAAUUUAAAGGAGGCUAUAAUCCCUUUUCGCGUGGAUGUUGGCAUAAUUGCUGCUAUACCCAAUUCGGGCCGCAGUAUCCUAGUCUUCUUAAGCCCGAUAAAUAUGCUGUACGUCGUUCAGUUAAAGAAAGUCAACCUAUUAGCACGAUAACUACAGAACACGAUCCAAGUAGUCAACAAAACUCCGGUUCGGGUGUCUAUCGUAGUAAAGGCGGUAUCCCUACAGGCAAUGCCCAACACUCGCCACACGGACUUUCACGCAACUAUUAUGAUAGAGACAAUCGACAUACACAGGUAAAGACUUAUACGGACCAGGGCAAUGGUUUUAAUCAGCGGUCGGGCAGCACUACGCUUUAUAGUAAGCUUUCUCCUGGACGUGAAUGUUCGGAUACAGAUAUGGAGCCGCAGGCAUCGCAAAGUCAAGACUGUGAACCGACUCCACCUCUGCAAAGGCACAAUUCUACAAGCUUUUAUUUGCCGCAGUUAGAAAAUGCUAACAAUUUAAAUAAUGGCAGCAUAACAACUGGAACUGGUGUUGGUGCAGUUAGUGGUGCUGGUGGUACUGGCGUGGGUUGCGGUGGUGAUUCACCCAGGCAUAUGCGCUUAUAUCAUCCCAGAUAUAGUCCUCAUGCCAGGCAAAGAGGUCUGGAUCCUCAACGCGGAGCGAACGAUGUGAUGUCACCCGAUCAUCCGAAUCCAAUGAAUCAACCUCAGCAACAGCAAGCACAAAGUCGCAGUGGGAACACGGCUACACCCACAAUGCAACAACGUAUAAAACCUUUAGGUGUAGCUACUCCUUUAGUAAUGGCUAGUCCUGUUCGAAGGUCAAAUCCUGGCACUCCGACACAACCAAGAAGGCCUGAUUUUAUUGGUCUUAAUCAGCAGCAGCAGCAAUUGCACAAUACACAGAGUUCCACUCAGUCAUAUUACGAGUACACGACAAAUGUGGCAACAACAGUUGGCACUGGCUUACCACCUCAACAUCCGCAAAUGCCCACAAUCCAACAACAACAGCAACAACAAUUGCUUUUACAACAACAACGUGCCAUGCUGCAACAUCAUCAGCAACAACAACAACAGCAACAGCAGCUACCGCAGCCGGUAGGCGGGAGCGUGUUGCAACAAGUGCAACCACAGCAACAUGCUUUUGUUUUAACACAACAAUCUUACGGCAGCAGUCCGCAACGACGUUUUUUAUCCGAAGGAGAACUAGUGCGUCAAAGUAACAAUGCAAAUGGCAGUAACGGCGGCAACGAUUUAUGUUAUGCACGUGCCAACAAUACAGUAGAUAAUAUUCGGGAACUUGCUAGUAGUCCUCAGCGUGGAAUGUAUUUGUGGAAAGAUACGUCGCCCGGUUUCCAAGGAAGUUCUAGUGGCAAUUGUAGUAUGGUUAUUAGCAGCAAUGCGGGCACUACGCCAAGUAGUGUGCAUCACAAUACGACAGGACCUCAAUAUAUAACUGUUAGUGGCGGAACGCAGCAGGGUCAUCCAUUGAUUAUGACUCAUUCGCGGAUGCAUCAAAUUCAAGGUCAUGAUUAUCCUCCAUCUCAACCGCAUCAGCAUUCAACGUGUCAACGUUCCAAUCCCACCAGCCCCACCAUAAUACCACCUAAUACGGCAGCUCCGCCCUCUUCCUAUAUAAUGCGUUACGGCACAACCGUGUCUCAAUCGCACCAACCUACGACCUACGCUCAAGCAACAAUUAAUGCGGUCAGUCAAGCGAGCACUAGUGGUAGCGGUUAUCAACCUAAAUUGCACGGUGGCGUGCCAGUCUUUCCACCAAAUCCGGCUAUGAUUAAUACCAAUACGCAACCCUCUCCACAAAUCAAACGCAAACAGACCCCGACGCGUCCUAUGUCUUUCGUGAGAGCUCUUGAAAUGACAGAUUCUAUGGAAAUGCAAACGCUUGAGCAUCAACAGCAACAGCAGCAGCAGCAGCAACAACAACAACAACAACAACAGCAGCAGCAGCAACAAGCUCGCAACAACGGUGCAAUUAGCACCGGUCAGGGCGUUAGUGGAAGUAACGGUCAAUUGAUAAUUGGUGCCAAUCGCAGUAGCGCUGCUACGCCGACCCCUGAUCGUGCCAGUGUAUACGAUAUGAAUUAUGAAAUCUCUGUAUAACCCGUGCUGGUACCGGUAGUAGUGGCACCUCCCACUCCUGCAACUUUGCACGCUACUUACGGACAUAAGAAACUCACUGCGAACACAAUUUCCGCUAUCGGUAUGAAAUCAAAUGACACGACUAUUAAUGUCGAUCAUGGUGUUGCUGCUGCAACAGCGCACGUAGAGCCAGCCGCUUAUGCUUCGGUGGCUGUGGUUAACGCUAGCCCAGCCGGCGGAGGUCAUACCGGUGCAAGAACUCCCAAUAGAAGAAAAUUCUCCACAUUCUUUUAAAAGCA